GACAGUCAACAUCUCGAGAGUUUUUGGCACUUGUUCUAGCAUAGUGAGGGGAUAAAGCCACAAGGAUUAGAAGAAGAACAUCCGCUGAGGAAAGGAUUCUCAUACUAACGAAAAAGCAUAAUUUUAGUGGUGAAAAGAGUGAAGAAGACACUAAAGGAAAAUGGCAGCAGGGGAUCCCCGAGUGCUCUGUCCCCUGGAUCCAGCUCACGAGAUUCUGAAGAGUCGUCUUCAGUUCCACAUUGUAAGGUGCAUGAAGAACCACAAUCUUCGUGACAAAUGGUUGUGUCCUUACAAUGCAGUUCACAUUGUUGACAAGGUCAAUUUCCAGGAUCACGUGGCAGAUUGCCCAGAUUACAGAGAAGUGCAGUCCUUCACCUAUAAAACUGAUAACAGAGAGCUCGUAGGAAUCCUGUCCGUGGAUCAAGUCAACAAGGUCCAUAACGAAACUGUUGACGAUGGUGAAGAUAAUUGGGACAAUAAUACUCACCCCUACACUUACGAUCCCUGGAGGGCAUCUGAGAACAAAAACAUUGUGAGGGUUCUGAUUGGAGCUCCCGGACGUCAGAGACGUGAAUUCAGGCAGCAAGAGAGGAGGAGAAUUGCUCAACUUGCUGAGAAAUCAUCAUUACCAUCCUCAUCAUCAUCAGUAUCAUCAUCGUAUACUGGCUCUGCCGUAAAGAAACCACUGCAGCCAAUUCGUCCGCCACAUAACAAGUCGAUUGCGGAAUUCGGGCAGCCCAAGCCCCUUCGCCCACCUCGAUCGUUGUGCACUGAACUUCGUAACUGAAAAUUGGCUGACAGUUGUUAAAAAAUCGUCACCUCCCUGCGGCCAGACAACGCGCGGUCAUUCACUUUGCUCGAAGAUCAACAACUGAUGGUAAUGCGAGGAUUAUGUACACGACGAUGAUGAGAUAAGGAGUCCAACGUUUUUAUUUAUCAUUAUUGAUUCUCUUUUUAUUUUUUACUACUCAAGUUUCAUGAAAGUUUCAACGAAACAGUCGUUUUUCAAAACUAAAUGAAAGCAAAAAGUUCACUUGAUAUCCUUUCGUGUGAAAAAAUAGGAAUUCGAUGAGUUUAUUUUUUAUCACUUAUUUAGUUCAGUAGUAGAAUAUCUUAUUUUGAAUCGUUCAGUGUCCAAGUGAAUGGAAUGAAUUAAAAAUUAUAACUUGUCGAACGUAUGAGAUUUGAUAAUAUUUUGAAUACCCGUGAAUUUCUUAAGGGGGUUCACCACGGGAAUAAGAUUUCCUUAUUUGUCGAGUAAAAAAAAUAAAAAAAUAGUAUUUUCCGCGUGAUUUUCCACAGAAAUUCGAUUUUGCAGGUCAAAUUUGUCUUCAACUGCUAAAAACUAGAGAUUCAAUUUUUCUUUUAUCGAAAAAUCAACUUGAAAAAAUCACCAACGUAUUCUUUAAAAAUAGUUUUUUGA